AUGAUAAGUAAUCCUUCAUCCCAGUUGAUAUUCCUCCUCUUCCUCCCACUAUUUAUUAAUCCCCCUCUUCCACCCACCCCAGUUAAUAAUACUCCUCUUACUUAUACUUCAGUUAAUACUCCUCCUUUUCUGCCAACUGCAGUUACUCUUCUUAUUCCACUCAACUCAGUUAACAUUCUUCUUCCUUCUACCUCAGGUAAUACCUCACCUUUUCUUUCUACCUCAGUUAAUACUCCUCCUCUUUUGCCUACCUUAGUUAAUACACUUCUUCUUUCUACCUUAGUUAUAAAUCCUCCUCUUCUUUGUACCUUUGUUAAUACUCUUCUUCCUUCUACCUCAGGCUAUUCUCAUCUUCUUCUGCCCACCUCGAUUAAUACCACUCCUCUUUUUUCCAUUGCUGUUAAUACUCCUCCUCUUCCUCCUACCUCAGUUAAUAUUCUUCAUUUUCUUCUACCUCAUGUAAUACUCAUCCUCUUCUUUUUAACUCAGUUAUUACCCCUCCUCUUCCUCCUACUUCAGUUCAUCUUCCUCCUACCUCAGUUAAUUCUCCUCCUUUUCAGCCUAUCUCUGUUAAUACCUCACAUCUUCUUUCUACCUCAUUUAAUAUUCCUUCACUUCCAUCUACCUCAGAUAAUAUUCCACUCACUUUUUACUACCUCAGUUAUUAACCCCCCCUUCCUCCUACCUUAUUAUUAUGUCUCUUCUUCCUUACCUACUCUCCUUCUUCCUUCUACCUCAGGUAAUACUCCUCUUCUGCAUACCUCAGUUAAUACCCUUUUUCUUCCUUCUAUUUCAGGUAAUACCCCUCCUCUUUCUUCUACCUCAGUUAAUAUUCCUCCUUUUUGUUCUAUCUCAGUUUAUACUCUCCUCUUCCUUCUACCUCAGCUAAUACUCCUUCUCUUCCUUCCACCUGUUAAUAUUCCUUCUCUUCCUUCUACCUCAGCUAAUACUCCUUCUCUUCCUUCCAACUUUGUUAAUAUUCUUCCUCUUCCUUCUACCUCAGUUAUUAAUAGAAUAUAUCUAUCUAUCUAUCUAUCUAUCUAUCUAUCUAUCUAUCUAUCUAUCUAUCUAUCUCAAUCUGUUCUCAUCUAUCUAUCUGUGUCUGUUAUUAUCUAUAUAUCUAUCAGUCUAUUUCGAUCUGUUUUUAUCUAUCUUGGUUUGUUCUUAUCUAUCUAUGUAUCUAUUUCUGUUCUCAUCUAUCUGAGUCUGUUUAUAUCUAUCUAUCUAUCUAUCUAUCUAUCUAUCUAUCUAUCUAUGCUUUAG